UGGUGUCAGAGCCAGCAACUGGCUCACAUUAAUUGGAUGGUGCCAUGCCCCUGUUUACUAAGUUCACUAAAAUGCGAACAAAGCAACGUCGUUCUUCUGCUUCCAUGUCUUCGCGGCCAAAACCAAAACAGAUGAACUAUGAUGGUUUGCUCGCCCAGUUGACGGAUGACAAGCUUGCGCUAUUCGACACGGCUGGUCCAGGUCUCGAUGUUCAUGUUCAGGAUGGCGCCAUCGAGGAGGAACAAGCUGCGCCCAUACAAAAUGUACCACUUACAGCCGCCGCCACUGCUUCUGCAUCGUCAUCAGCACCUGUAACUAGCAGCAACCUGUAUCCGAAAACGGAAAAUGCAGCGACAGCAACACCACAGCGUAAAAUAUCGACGUCAUCACGUUUUAUAAAUGCCUUUAGUCAGCUUUAUGGCAGUAACAGUCACGCCAAUGCCAACAGCGCAUGUGGUCACGUGGAACAACAUGCGGAGGAUCCAGAGUUGGCAGCGAAUCGUACACCAACAAAAGGCAUGGAAUCCAAACUUGUGGCCAUUUGGCAUAAUGUUAAAUAUGGCUGGAGCGGCAAAAUGCGUCAGACUAGCUUCUCUAAAGAGCAACCCGUUUGGCUGCUGGGUCGCUGUUAUCAUCGCCGCUACACACCCCCUGUCAGCAUGGAGAACUCUACAUCGGAGUUUAUGACCGGUGGCACAGACACCACUACAGACAAUGCCACAUCAGCUUUUGAUUGUGUACAGACAACAGAUCAGCCAUCAAGCUCACUAUAUCCUACUUUAAGUCCGCAACAGAUUGAUGAAAUUGUAGUGCCCCAGGAGCUGGGUAUGGAUGCAGCAGAUAAUCAGUUAGGCGAAAGCCCCUGGGAGGAAGGCAUCGAGGGCUUCAAACGUGACUUUUAUAGCCGCAUUUGGAUGACAUAUCGUCGAGAAUUCCCCAUCAUGAAUGGCUCCAACUAUACCUCCGAUUGUGGUUGGGGCUGCAUGUUGCGCAGCGGGCAAAUGUUGUUGGCUCAGGGUCUCAUUUGUCACUUUCUGGGUCGCAGUUGGCGCUAUGACUCUGACUCACAACUGCACUCCACUUAUGAGGACAAUAUGCAUAAAAAGAUUAUAAAGUGGUUUGGCGACAGCUCCUCCAAGAGCAGUCCAUUUUCUAUACAUACGAUGGUGCGUUUGGGCGAGCAGCUGGGAAAGAAACCAGGUGAUUGGUAUGGCCCCGCAUCGGUGUCCUAUUUAUUAAAACAUGCCUUAGAGCACGCUGCUCAAGAAAAUGCAGACUUUGACAAUAUAAGCGUCUAUGUAGCCAAGGAUUGCACCAUUUACAUGCAAGACAUUGAGGAACAGUGCAGCAUUCCAGAGCCAGUGCAGAAACCUCAUGUGCCUUGGCAGCAAACAAAAAAGAGCAACAAUGAUGAUAUCAAAGUGGAGCAGCAUUGGAAAUCCCUGAUAGUGCUUAUACCGCUGCGCUUGGGUACUGACAAACUAAAUACUGUCUAUGCGCAUUGCUUGAAACUGUUGCUAAGCACGGAGCACUGUUUGGGCAUUAUCGGAGGCAAGCCCAAGCAUUCGUUAUAUUUUGUGGGUUUCCAGGAGGAUAAGCUUAUACAUUUGGAUCCGCAUUACUGUCAGGAAAUGGUGGAUGUUAAUCAGGAGUGCUUUCCCAUGCAUUCAUUUCACUGUAAGUCGCCGCGUAAACUCAAAUCAAGUAAGAUGGAUCCCAGCUGCUGCAUAGGUUUCUAUUGUGCCACCAAAAGUGACUUUGAUAGUUUUGUGGAGAGCGUGCAAUUGUAUUUACAUCCCAUGCGCUGUGCCUCGGGUGCAACAAUGGAUAAAUCAACUGUGCCACAGCAGACGCCGGCGCAGCAGCAGUCGACGGACCAUACGGAAAUGAAUUAUCCACUGUUUAGUUUCUCACGCGGUCGUUGCCUGGAUCAUGCGCGCAACGAAAUGAGUGAUUCACUCUAUAAGCCGCUUAUAACACAAGUAGCUACACUCAGCCAGGAGCUUGAAGGGCAAGCGCUGCCACAGCUGAACAGAUAUGAGCCCGAUGCCGAUGAUAGCGAAAGCGAGGAAUUUGUUCUGCUUUAAAUUAGUCUCAAUACAAACCGUUUGCUAUAAGCCUUGUUUGCCUCAGUCUCCACUUUGUGCAUAGUUUAAUUAUUAUAUUAAUUUUAGUUUAUUCCUAAUCUGUGUCGCCGUUGCUCGCUUGCUAGCUCAUCCAAAACUAAACAGACGUGCAUCUCAACAUCAAAGACUUUUUAUUAUACAUUUUACACACAACAUACAAAAACUUAUACACAUAUAUUGCAUAUUUGCCUAUAAUCUAAUAUUUUGUGAUUUAUUUUUGAAGCGCAAUUUUGUUCAGCUUGUUCACCUAUUAUUUUUUAUUCUGAGAUUACCGUUCCUGCUGUGUCACAAACUAUUGACGCCUAGACAAAAAAUGUCCUACACAUAGACACACAGCUAUAGAUAUAGACACAUAUACAUUAUAGUUUGCAUAAUUUAUGGUAUUAUUAUUUGUAAUGCGUUUACGUGAAUGGAAUUGAAUCAUCUUAAAAAAAC